AUGGCUGCGAGCAAGAAACGCGCUCUGGAGGAGGCAGCGGAUAGCCCCAAGGCCAAGAAGAAGAAAGUGGACGAUGCGGGAAUUAAGCAAAAGGCGAGCACUGGGAAGCCUGUGGCGUCCACCUCGAGUGUUGUGCAAGAGGAGGUGGACUUUCCCCGCGGCGGCGGGACGAGCUUCACCCCGCUGGAGGUGAAGACGAUCCGCGCCGAAGCUGCGAAGGAAGCGAACGAGGAGCUGUUUGGGGAUGGGGCGCAGACGCCUGCGAAGCGGGCUAGGCGCAAGUCGGAUGUAAAGGGGACGGGGAACAAAGCAGCUAAGGGGGACAAGGAGGAAACGAUCCGUGUGGAACACCUGAACUACAAGCGAGUAGCCGUAGGCAUGAAAAUACUCGGCCAAAUCGUGUCCGUCGAGCCGCUGGGGCUCAUCAUAUCACUGCCCAACCAACUCUUCGCGCAUGUGCCCAUCACCGAGAUAUCCACCCAGCUCACAGGUCUACUCGAGGCCAUGGACGAAGACGAGGAGUCGUCCGCAUCGGACGAAGAAGAGGAGGAGGAGCGUUCAGAGUCGCGAGUACCGGACUUGUUCGAAAUCUUUCACCCAGGGCAGUAUGUCCGCGCAGUGGUGAGUGCUGUGCACGCUGCUGGGUCCACAGACGGCUCGGGGCUCGGACGCGCGAGGGACGGGGUGCAGAAAGCUAGCCGCAGAGUGGAACUGAGCCUCAUCCCUAAGAAAGUGAAUGCGGGCGUAGUAAAAGCCGAUCUCAGAGCAGGAUUCACCAUGUCUGCCGCUAUCAAAAGCGCCGAGGACCACGGCUACAUCCUUGACCUUGGUCUAUCCGAUGUCACCGGGUUUUUAUCGUUCAAGGACGCUAAGAAAGGCGCAUUUGAGCAUCCACGAAAACUCCGUGUCGGACAGCUUCUAGACGUCUCUGUCACGAAGAUGUCCGGAAAUGGGCGCACCUGCUCAGUUUCAGUAGAUCCGCAAACAUUUGCGUCUACCUCUACUUCGGAAAUUACGAACGUAACGUCAGUACUUCCUGGGAUGCUCGUUCAGUCACUAGUCACUGCGGUGCUUCCUGAGGGACUGAACCUGCAAGUGAUGGGAUAUUUCGGUGGUACCGUCGACCGAUACCAUCUAUUACCAGGUAAUCCCGAGGAUCACUACAAGUUAGGACAGAAACUCAAGGCGAGAGUUCUUUACGAUAUCAGCCCGUCAACGCCACCGAGGUUCGCAUUGUCCGUGGCGGAUCAUGUGCUCAAGCUCUGCACGAACACCGUUGUAGGGCCAGACGAAACUCAGACGGCAAGCUUGCAGGAGGCGUAUCCCAUUGGGAGCUUCCUGGAUGCGGUCAAAGUGACCAGAGUGGAGACGGAACGGGGUCUUGUGGUGGAAGUAUCUCCUGGAGUGGAGGGUUAUGUUCAUAUUUCGCAAACUUCGGACGAGCACGUUCCUGCCUUGUCAUCGUCGUCUGGUCCUUGGAAGGUCGGAACAGUCCACAGAGCCCGUGUUACCGGUUACUUUCCUUUCGACGGCUCUCUGCAGCUCUCACUGCGACCAUCCAUCCUCGAGAAGAAGUUUCUGCAAGUGAGCGAGCUUCAAGUCGGGGAGAUUAUCAAGGGGACUGUGAAGAAACUCACCGACUCUGCGAUGUUCGUAUCAAUCUCAGGCAGCGUCGAUGGUAUAAUAUGGCCCAAUCACUAUGCGGACAUACAACUAAAGCAUCCUCAAAAGAGAUUCAAACCGGGUGCAAGUAUCAAAUGCAGGGUUUUCGUAGUGGACCCUGAGCGCAAGCGUGUCGUUCUCACCGCCAAGAAGACACUGCUCGACUCUACCCUUCCGAUCGUUUCAACACCAGAAGAUCUGAAAAUAGGGCUAGUGACCCAUGCCGUUGUGUUCAAGGUGUCCGAGAGGAGCUUGCAAGUCGAGUUCUACAACCACAUGAAAGCGGUUGUGCCGGCACGUGAAGCGAGCGAAACAGCGGUUGGUCCGCUGUCUAAUGCCUUCCCAGUUGGAAAGGCUGUGCAGGUCAGAAUCAUUUCCGUCGACUCAGAAAAGCAUCGUGUUAUUGCCAGUAUACGGCAAGCGUCGCCCAACUUCAAGGCCGCUAAUACGGAUAUCAGCGGGGUAGAAAUCGGAGAGACCGUCGAAGGCGUUGUCUCAGAAAUCCACAAGGACAACGCUGUAAUCACGCUUCAGCCAACCCAAGUCCGGGCUUUGAUCUCUCUGAACAACCUAGCGAAGCGACAGGACAAGUCGGUUGCUCACCUUCGCGUAUCUCUCAAAGUUGGUGAGAAAAUUCAGGACCUUAUCGUCGUGUCGCGAAAUCCCGAGAAGGGCAUCGUCAUUGUUGCUGCAAGGCCUACGAAAGAGACUGUCUCUCAUCACCAGCCGAUACAUUUGGACACCGUCCAAGUUGGGGACUCAGUCAGUGGCAGAGUCAUUCGCCAUAGCCGCAAAGGUGCCCUAGUGAAGUUGAACCACUCUCUUACUGGAUCUUUACAUCCCACGGAUGUGUGCGACGAGUACGAGGCCGGUAAUCCUUUCCCUACGGUUGAUUCUAUCGUCCAUGGCGUUGUCGUGGCGGUCAAUAAGGAGAGCCGACAAAUUGCGUUGUCCACUCGAUCGUCGCGUGUCCAUACAGAUCGGGGAACAUCUGUAGUUGACCCCGAAAUCACCAGCGUGGAUUCUCUCAAGGUAGGGCAGACGAUCAGAGGGUUCAUCAAGAACAUAGCAGAACACGGCCUCUUCGUCAUGUUGGGUCGUGACAUUGAUGCUAGAGUUCAGAUCAAAGAGCUCUUUGAUGAGUACGUCAAGGACUGGAAGAGCCGAUUUGCGGCAAACCAGCUCGUCAAAGGUCGUAUCCUCAGUGUCAACGCUGAAAAGAAGCAGGUGGAGAUCUCGUUCCGCUCUGGAGACCUCAAGCGAGAACCUCGCUCAAGUAUCACACUUGCCGACCUUUCGGAAGCGCAGAAGGUAGAAGGUCGGGUCAAGAAGGUGGAAGAGUAUGGACUUUUCAUUGAAGUCGACGGUUCAAAGAUUAGUGGUCUAUGUCACAAAUCAGAGCUUUCCGACAACAAGGACGCAGACGUGACUUUGGCUCUUCGGAGUUUCCGAGAAGGAGACCGUGUCAAGGCUAUUAUCCUGUCCAUCGACGUGGAGAAACGCCGCUUGUCUUUUGGCCUCAAGCCUUCAUACUUUGCAGACGAUGACUUCCAGUCCGGCAAAGAAUCCGAAAGCGAAGACGAUCACCAUGGUGCUCAAGCAUUUGGUGUUGUCGAGGACGUUAAUGAAGAGUCUGAACACGAUGAGGAUUCCGGUAACGACGACCAAAUGGAGGAUCAAGAUUUAGAGGCAGACGAAGACGUUGACGUUGAUGAUGAUGGAAUGGACGUGAAUAUGCACAUUCAAUCCGACGCUCCGGACCAGGGGCACCCUUCACUAGAAACCUCUGCUACCGAUCGCCCAGCGAUCUCUCUCAGCUUGAAAGAUGGCUUUCAGUGGUCUGCUACUAACCAAGACGAUGGUGAAGAUGUGUCAAUGGAAUCAUCUUCUGGUGAAGACGAGGACGAUGAUCAAGGACGCAAGAAGAAGAAGAAGCGGAAACGGAAGGAGAUCGAGCAGGAUCUGACUGCUGAUAUGCACACAAAAGUCCCGGAGUCGAACGCGGAUUUCGAACGGGUCCUCUUGGGAUCACCCAACUCUUCGUACCUAUGGGUUCAGUACAUGUCCUUCCAACUGCAACUCUCCGAGGUCGACAAAGCGAGAGAAAUUGCGCGACGUGCUCUACGAACGAUCAACUUCCGCGAAGAGCAAGAAAAAUUGAACGUUUGGAUAGCUCUGCUGAACCUGGAAAACAUCUAUGGCACAGAAGAGACACUCGAACGCACCUUCAAGGAUGCGGCACGGCACAAUGAUUCCAAGACUAUCCACCUGCGUCUUGCUGCCAUUCUGGAUCAAAGCGAGAAGGUAGAGAAAGCAGAGGAGCAAUACAAGCGGACUUGCAAGAAGUUCGGACAAAGCUCAAAGGCGUGGACGCUGUUUGGAGAAUUCUACCUGAAGCAUGACAAAUUGGAAGAAGCAAGAAAGCUCAUGCAACGAAGCCUUCAGAGUCUCGAGAAGCGUAAACACCUCAAGACUAUUUCAAAGUUUGCUCAGCUGGAAUAUAAAUUUGGUGAUCCAGAGCGUGGGAAGACUGUUUACGAGGGUAUUAUCGACUCGCACCCCAAACGGUGGGAUCUAUGGUCCAUUUACAUAGAUAUGGAGGCAGCGCAAGGUGAUAUCAUGAACUUGAGGAACCUCUUCGACAGAGUUCUUGCGCAGAAGAUGACCAGCCAUAAAGCGAAAUCAUUCUUCAAGAAAUGGCUGGAAUUGGAACGUCGGCUAGGCGAUGAAGACGGUGCUGCAGCUGUGAAAGCGAAAGCGAUUGAAUGGACACAACGCAAUUCCUCGUAA